UUUGCCGCAAAACGCUCAAACACAGUACGGAGGUGACUGUCACUGCUUCAUAAUGUUGUACCAAAUACUUGGUACACUGGCAAUAUUCGCUUUUAUUCGCGUGCAAAUUCACGCGUUUAAUCUGGAUUUGGAUAGUCCUGUCGUCUAUCAAUCUAACCAACCUGGCGACUACUUUGGCUUCAGCUUGGCGCUCUAUCCUGGAAGCUUGGAACCAAAUGAUGUACCAUGGAUGAUGGUUGGCGCACCAAAAGCAAACGACUCCAGGAUCGCAGAGCAUGGAGUUGUCUACAAAUGUAAAAUAAAAGACGGCUGUAGCAAGAUAAAUUUGUCUUAUCGUGGCAAUAACCAAGAGCAAACGAAUUGGGCAAAAUCCUUGCUGGGCAGCGCGAUGGACAUGACUGCUGACCGCUAUGUGGUUUGCAGCCCCAAUUUGGCAUUGAAAGUGCUUUACGAUAAUGAGCGUUACAGAAUGUAUGGUAUAUGCUUCUGGGGAACACCAAAAGAUUUGGAAAUCAAUAUCCUUGCUCCUCUAAAUAAUCCUAGGAGGGACACUGAGGUCAUACAGGGGAGCAAUUUUCCAUUAUAUAUGUGGGGUCAAGCAGGAUUAUCAACUGCUCUCUACAAAAGCUCUGGAGACUUAUACGAACUUCUAAUUGGAGCGCCUUCUGUGCAUAACUGGAUUGGAUCAGUUGUAAGCUACAGAGAUGAUUCAGACCUGAGCGGUGGGCUCGCAAAAAGAAGACGACGAGCCCCACUAAACGCUUUCAACAUUGGACCAUUCAUCCCGAACCCAAGAAUGGUUCCACAAAUCGGGAAAUAUGGCUACAUUGGUUACGCUGUUGCAGUUGGAAAAUUUUUUGCCCAGUCAGAAGUUGCCUACGUUGCUGGGGCUCCUUCCACUCAGCCUGCAGGGAAGGUUUUUGUUUACACACUCACCAUAAGAAGAGACCAAAAGGCAGAGUUUAAUUUGAAACAAGUUCUGGAAGGCAAAUUGAUAGCUGAGAAGUUUGGCACAUCUGUAGCCGCUGGAGACAUCAAUGGCGAUGGCCUGGACGACCUUGUCAUCGGCGCUCCCUAUUUUAAUUCUGAAUCUUACGAGUCGCAAAACGAAGGAAAAGUGGUGACAUACUUUGGAAGUCACACGCAAAGUUUCUCGACUCCAAAAUUGAACCCGGAAAUUAUUGGAAAAGUGCGCAAUGGUCGACUUGGGACAACUAUUGCUUGCCUUGGUGACCUUGAUUUAGAUGGAAAGAAAGAUUUUGCAAUUGCGGCUCCUUACGAAGGUUCGGGCGUAGUGUACAUUUACUACGGCAGUACAAACGGAUUGUACGAAAGCCAAAAGGUUGUUGGAUCAGAGAUGAGCCCUCAAAUUUCUCGCUUUGGAUUCGGAAUUUCUCGGGCACAAGAUCUCGACAAAAACAAUUAUGGAGAUAUUGCAAUUGGAGCAUACAAAUCAGGAACCGUAGUUUUGCUUCGCACAAGUCCAGUCGUGGAUAUUUUCCCAAGAAUCAGCAUCCUGGGCCAAAAAUUGAGAGAAGAUACAAAGGGGUUUGAAGCAGAAGUUUGUGUUCGCUACGGUGGCCAGCACCCUCCGCCGCAAAUAAAAAUGACGAUGAGGCUGACGAUGGACCCUGGGAACUUCCGCAUUUACCGCGAAAAUGCCGAUCAAACGUUAACCACGACAGAAAACACUUUUGAUAUUAGAUAUCCAGAAUUUUGUGGAAGGCUUCAAUUUGUUUUGAAGAACGACAUUAAGAAUCGAAUCGCACCGAUUGAAAUUGUAGGAGAAUUUUUCAUGGCUAAAAACAGCAGCAAUCGCGUUCCAAUAAAUAUAGGUGGUGACAAUCGAGUCUCGGGCCAGGACGGGUUUUGCUCGCAAUGUCCAGUGGUGAGAUUUAAUCCAAACACUGGAAAUAAUCAAGUAGUCAGAUCAGCCAGCAUUGGAUUCGACCAUGGCUGCAGAAUUGAGAACCAAUGCGAAGCAGAUUUAAGUCUCACUGCUCAGUUCUUUUAUCCAUCAAACCCUGGAGAGCAGAUCACUAAUUAUGUAGUGGGCGAAGCCAAUAAUGUCUUGCUUAGAAUAUUUUUGCAAAACAAAGGCGAUCCAGCAUUUAACACGAAAGUAUCAGUUAAGGUCCCUGAUCUGAUAGUGUCUCUGCCUCCAAAUUGCGACUUAAACGCCACAAGUAAAGUAUAUGACUGCGACGCUGGAAAUCCUUUAAAAAAUGUCUCGAGAAUUUUGAAUUUUGUCAUCGACAUUCAAAAGUCCAUCGACAAGCAGAACGUUGAUCUUGACGUUGAGAUAAUUGUGGACACCGCAACUAAAGUCGCCAACCCACGCCUCUUGACCGCAAAACCACGACUGGUGUUAGGAUACGAAGCUGAUGUCACUGUUUAUGGAACCGCAAAAGAGGUAGAUUACAGGUUCGAGCUGAAAUCUGAAAGCAUUGCUGAGGCGACAAGCAAAGUUUCCCCAGCUUUUAAAAUAAAAAUGGAAAAGGUAGGCAAGAGUCCUCUGCAGGACGUUGCUUUGAAAGUGAAUAUCCCUGUUUCCUCUGGCUCAACAAAAUUCGUGCAUUUAUCACCACCACAAUUCUACAUUGGGUCGAAGCUCCUUUCAUGCCAGCCUAACGAGUUCAUCCAGCAAUCAGAGGUAAAGCAAGUAUUGCGUGAAAAGGCGCCAGAUGGACUCCAGCAGCCCGCGGCGGACGCGUCAUUGCCCUCAUCUCCAGCAUCUUCUUUGGGAGGAUCCAGGCGCAAGAGACAAACAGGGACACUGGGCUCGCCCGAAUUCCAGUGGGACACUGAAAAGUAUCCUCUCAACCGCACCAUGUUCAUCAACUGCUCGCAGAGCCAAUGGGCGUGCACACAGCUUAUCUGCACUGGCCCCUUACUUUUGGGGAACGUGCCGGCUGAGCUUGAUCUACAGCUUCAUUUGGACAUGUCCCAGAUAGAGAGUGAUCUUGGACAAAACGAUAUAAUUGCCUUUAGUGCCACAGCGACGGUCGAGGUCAUCAUACCGAAAAACGUGAAGCAACCCACAGUUCAAAAUCCUGACGUUGCUUUUGUCACCGCAAUUCUGCUUCGUCGAGCCCCCGCUGGUAAAGUCGCAACCUGGGUCAUUGUUGUUUCUGCCAUUGGAGGAAUUUUGCUCCUUGUUCUACUGGUGACAGCCCUGACGAAGGCCGGAUUCUUCCAACGAAAAACUCGGGAUGAAUUGUUGAUUAAAAAGCGACAGACGCAAAUGGCUGCAGCUGGAGCUGCGAUGUCACCUGAAGCUGAUCUGGGAGAGAAUAAUGUCGUUUUUGAUGAUGAACCUAAGUAAUAAGGGAUAGAAAUUGUAAGAACUAGAGUUUCCUCGCUGUUCGUUUGAUUUCCACAAUAUGCAAAUGCUUAUACCUCAUGAUAAUGUGUGUUUUUCGUGUAUUAAGUGAAUAAACUCAUAAAUCAGUACAAU